UAGUUUAUGGGUUUCCGUAGAAGUGUCAGAGACAAGAGCUGCCACUGAGGCAGCUCAGCUGCAGCAGCAGACAGAGAGGUGCAGUCAUAAUAUGAGCAGAGAGAGAAAGGGAAAGUGAGGGGUGUCAGCAUUAUAAUCAGAACCAUUAGUUUUGUCCAUGUACAGCAGAUUCUGCAGGCUAAUGGUCCCUGAAAUAAAUAUACCUACUCUACUCUUCUUCAAGCUCUCUAGUAAUAAUAACAAGUGAUAACCCAUACACACUCACACACACGCUGCACCUGCUUUCGUUGUUCAUUCCUGCAACUGUCUCUCUUUAACAGUUUCGCUUCACUGUUCUUUCUGAGGGAGCUCUUUUCCAUUUCUCUUUUGGUUUUCUGUUCGAGAAGUUCCCCUCUUCUUCUUCUUCUUCUUCUUCUUCUUCUAAGAUGAUGAGUGGAGCAAACAAAUUUCCAUUCACUGCAUCUCAGUGGCAAGAGCUUGAGCAUCAAGCACUAAUAUUCAAGUAUAUGGUCUCAGGCAUUCCCAUUCCAUCUGACCUCCUCUUCACCAUAAAGAGAAGCUGCUUGGACUCUCCACUCUCUUCAAAGCUGUUUCCCCGUCAAACUUCACAUAUUGGAUGGAGCUGUUUCCAAAUGGGUAUUGGGAGGAAAAUAGACCCAGAGCCAGGUAGGUGCAGGAGAACAGAUGGAAAGAAAUGGAGGUGCUCAAAAGAAGCAUAUCCAGAUUCCAAGUACUGUGAGAGACACAUGCACAGAGGAAAAAACCGUUCAAGAAAGCCUGUGGAAGUUGCAACACAAACAGCGACAGCGAACCCUUCAAUAACACCAACCGUCUCAUCAAUCGCCAAGAACCACUCUACUUUAUUAACCCCACCUUCCCACUCUAUCUCUUUAUUGUCAUCUGAGACCCACCAAAAUCACCUUCAUUAUUCUGGGUACAAUUCCUAUCUCAAUCAUCAGUUUUUGUCUUCACAUACUUCUUCAAGACCUCAUGGAAUUGGUCUUUCACCCCAAGACAACUCUACUCCAUUGCUUUUGGACUCUGGCGGUUCUUGUUCCCUGAGUAACAAUUACACAGACUACAGAAACAGGAGUGCUUAUGGGCUGAAAGAAGAGGUUGAUGAGCGUGCUUUCUUCUCAUCAGAACCCUCUGGUUCUAUGAGAAGUUUAUCUAGUUCAUCUUUGGAUGAUGCUUGGCAAUUCACUCCACUCACAAUGAGCUCAUCCUCUACUUCAUCUUCUUCAAACCAUAGGAGUCUGUCUGGUUUACAUAAUGAGUACUCUUACUUACAGCUUCAUAGCUUAAGUGAUCAUGAUGCCCCAAAACAACAAAAGCAGUAUCAACAAAGUUGUCUUCUGGGAAGUGAUAUGAAAUGCCUUUUACCUAUGAAAAUUGAGAGAGAAGAAGAACCCCAAAAGACUGUUCAUCGUUUCUUUGACGAAUGGCCGCCAAAGAACAAAGAUUCAUGGCUCGAUUUGGAUGAUAAGUCACCAGAUAGCACAUCAGUAUCAACAACCAGACUCUCCAUCUCCAUUCCCUCCUCUUCACAUGACUUCCCCAUCUUCAAUUCAAGAACACAUAAUGAUGGUUGAGUUUUCAGCUUUGUGUUUCUCUAUGGAGGGCCAAGAAUGUACUUGCUUAGUGGGCUUGCUUCUUUUUGUUAGGUUUAAGAACUAAUUCUUAUUUUUUAUUUGUUGCUUUUGUAGCAAAAUGUGGUUGGGAUUGAAUCAUGUGUAUGUUUAGUGAUGUAUCCAAAGUCUUCUUUCUUUGCUUUUGUUCUUUUCUACUUCAGUUAAGAGUUCAUUAAUGGAUUGACAGCCAAAUCUUUUUUAA